AUGAAUGAUGAAACUUCAAAAUUACACUUGAUCAAUGCAGCGUUCCCGAAUUUAACAGAAAAUGAAGCUUCUUCUGAUUAUAUGACACAACAUAGAAUUCUUUCAACCAAAAAUGAGUAUGUUGACUGCCUCAAUGACAAACUAAUUGGGUUAUUUCCUAGAGAAAGUGAAAAAUUUGUUAGCUUUGACGACACAAUAGAUGAUACAAACCAAUUUUAUCAAGAGGAGUUCCUAAAUAUAUUGUUGCCAAAUGGUAUCCCACAAUAUAAGUUAAUCUUGAAAAGAAAUUGUCCAGUGAUGCUUUUGAGGAAUCUGGACCCAUCCAAAGGUCUUUGCAAUGGAACAAGAAUGAUUUGUAGUGAUUUCAAGAAACAUAUUAUUCAUGCAAAAACAAUCGUUGGACAACAUUCUGGAAAACAAGUCAUCCUUUCACGCAUCCCAUUAACUCUAGCAAAUGAUGAAGGAUAG